CGGAAAUGACAGGCCCACCAAGGGAUUGUGGGAAGUCAGGCUGUCAGUGUCAGUCCUUGUGCUGUUCCUUUAGCUUACCCUAACACACAAGUUUGCCAAAAUGUACAGACAAUUUAUGGGACUUCGACAGCUUUCCAGGCGGACCAUCACUGGCAGUGCACCCAGACGGGUUGAUAACACUGUGAAGGUCAAACAAAAACAGUUUCAGGAGAACAACGGUAUACCGAUCCAUCUGAAGGGCGGGUCAAAGGACGCUCUGCUCUACAGAGCCACAAUGACUCUCACUGUGUUUGGGAGUGGAUAUGUUGUGUAUGAGCUGUUUAGUGCUGCAAUGCCCAAGAAGGCACAGUGAAGCAGGACUGGCAAAUUGGACUUUGUCAACUCAUGAAACAAUCAUGCACAUGCUGUAUUAAAUUCAUCUACUCUGUUGUGCAGAUUUGUAAUCUGGGAAAUUGUUUGUCCUAUCAGUAAUAUAAAUAUAUUUUUAAUGUUUGAAAUAAUUAUUGAUUGUACAAAUCAUGAGCUGCAAAUAAUAAAAGUAUACUUCUCUUGA